AUGACUACUAUUGCUAUCGCAAUUCAGGUCACCUCUAUCUUUGCACAAUGUUUGAAUUUCUUCAGUUAUAUUGGUCCUGACUUUCAAUCACUUUCGGAAGCUCGAGGUGCAGCAGCAGCGGUGUUUCGACUCAUUGAUGAGGGAAAUGAUGCAAGUAUCAAUGAAACAGAUGUCUGGAAGGAGAAUGAAGAAGAAAAUUUUGAUAUCAAUGGUGAUAUUGAAUUUGACAAUGUCAACUUUAGUUAUCCAUCUCGAAAAGAUGUACCAGCUCUACGCAAUCUCUCUUUUGUUGCCCGAGCUGGUCAAACAACUGCUCUCGUUGGUUCAAGUGGCUGCAAAAGUACAUGCAUAUCACUAUUUCUUCGUUAUUACGAACCUUCAUCGGGACAAAUAAUGAUUCAUGGUCGACCGAUAACAGAAUACAAUGUCAAACAGCUUCGACAAAAAAUUGGAGUUGUUAGUCAAGAACCUAUUCUGUUUGGUAUGAGUAUUUAUGAAAAUAUUCGUUUUGGUAAAAUAAAUGCAACACGAGCAGAAAUUGAACAAGCAGCGCGAGAAGCAAAUGCACAUAAUUUCAUCAUGAAAUUAGCAAAUAAAUAUGAAACACUUGUUGGUGAACGUGGUAUACACUUGAGUGGUGGUGAAAAACAAUGUAUUGCAUUAGCUCGUGCUCUUGUUAAACAGCCCACUUUCCUUUUACUGGAUGAAACAACAAGUGCGCUUGAUAAUGUCAGUGAAAAAAUUGUUCAAGAAGCACUUGAUCGAGCAUGCAAAGGUCGUACAACUAUUGUUAUUGCUCAUCAUUUAACUUCAAUUCGAAAUGCUCAUCAAAUAUAUGUAUUAAAUAAUGGAAGUGUGAUUGAGCAAGGUACACCUGAAACAUUAAUGACAAAAGAAGGAGGCAAAUAUCAAGCAAUGGUCAAACGUCAACAAAUAGAAAGAAUCUAUCAUGACACAGAUGAUAUAAUGAGCAUACAAAAAGCAACAGAAGAAGAGGAAAAAUCUAUAAUUGAGCGCUCUCGUUUAUUUAGUGAUAGUCAAGUGAUUGAUAUGAACAAAUUGGCUGUUGAAGUUAUUCACAACAUGCGCACGAUUAAACAGUUGUCCGCAGAAAAAGAAGUAUUACGAAAAUAUUCUGAAAUUAUUUAUGAAGUACAUAUAUCUUGGCGUAUUGCUGCAUCAAUAUCAGCUGCUGAAGCAUUUUUUGAUUUAUUUGAUCGAAAACCAGCUAUGGACAAUACAUUUAAUGAAGAACAUGAAUUGGUUAACUUUCGUGGUGAGAUACAAUUUGAUCAAGUUAAAUUCAUCUAUCCAAUUCGACCAACAUCUAUUAUUCUUAACAAAUUUCAAUUGAAUAUCAAACCAAGUCAACGUGUGGCUCUUGUUGGUAUGUUUCAGUUAAAUGUCUCUUUCAGAUACGAGUUACAUAAUAUAAUUCGUAUAGGUGCAUCUGGAUGUGGUAAAUCAACUAUAAUACAACUAUUAGAACGAUUCUAUGAUGUUACUAGUGGUCGACUACUGCUUGAUGGCAUUGAUAUUCGACAAUUAAACAUUCAUGGGGUUCGUUCUCAUUUUGGUCUUGUCAGUCAAGAACCAAUUUUGUUCGAUUUAACCAUUGCUGAAAACAUAGCAUAUGGCUUAGAAAAUGUAUCAAUAGAAGACAUUAUUGAUGCAGCAAGUAAAGCUAAUAUUCAUCAAUUUAUUGGCCAAUUGUCUCAGGGUUAUGAAACGAAAGUAGGAUUGAAAGGUAGUCUUCUGUCAGGUGGUGAGAAGCAGCGUAUUGCAAUUGCUCGAGUACUUCUGCGUCGACCUAAAGUAUUACUUUUGGAUGAAGCUACCAGUGCCAUGGAUUCACAAAAUGAACAAAUUGUACAAGAAGCACUUGAACAAGCUCAAAUGGAAGAUCCAAGUCGAACAUCGCUCAUUAUUGCACAUCGUCUUUCAACUAUUCGUUCAUGUGAUUUGAUUUGUGUGCUUGACAAUGGACGUAUAGUGGAAAGUGGUACUCAUACAGAAUUGAUACAGCGACGUGGAGCUUAUUAUAAAAUGCUUGCUCAAACAAUUUACGAUGAUCAGUAG